GCCAACUCCUGGUUCAACGACCCGCCGAAGAAGGAACACGCACGGGAUAAUCCUAUCGUUCCAGUCCCGCUUGAACUUGAACUUGAACAUGGCUGCUGUACCAUAGCAACACUGCCUAUCACUUUUAUCCACGAUACGGAUCCGGUGAUCUCGCCGUUCGCGAACCUAGCGGUCCAGCGGCUAUGUGGUUAUGAUAUGUAGAUCCAGCUUCUACGAGUCUUUUAUGACCUACUUACAGACCGGACACAGAACGCCUCCGAAUCCUUGAUCGGACGCAUUUUACAACUGCGCUGCAACAAACGUCGCAGUGUUUUUUUGUUGACAGUAUAUCGACCCGCAAACUGUCCUGCGAAAACCAUUUAAUUCGCCUUGCGCAGCUGAAUGGACUUUAUUCACACCGUUGGUGUUGGCUUUAUAAGAUGGAUCCAAGGAUUCCCGAAUUUGGAGCCUUUGAUGAUCCACACGAGUCACAUAGGAAGUCCUUUGAUGUCAUACACUCUUGUGUUCCCUGCCGCUUAUUAUAUUAAUCCCAUUUUGGGCGUACUGACCAUGCUCUGUGCAUCUUUCUCGGAAUGGCUCAGCGGCAUUGCCAAGUGGGUCCUGCACGGACAUCGACCAUACUGGUGGGUAGAUCUGCACGCCAUGACCUCCCAUACCUCUGUCACUCCAAUCAAACAGUUCUCCAUCACAUGUGAAACUGGUCCUGGGAGUCCUUCGGGCCAUUGCAUGAUCACGCUGGCCAGCCUCGUACCUCUUGUGCUCUACUUGCGGCAGUCUCUACCAAGCUUUUACGGAGACCUGGUACUUUGCACUUUUGGCUGCUUCGCUAUCAUUCUCGGUCUCAGUCGGUGUUACGUGGCUGCGCAUUUUCCUCACCAGGUGUUAGCUGGAAUCCUUUCAGGAGUUAUGUUGGGCUACGCAUUCGCGGAAUUCUUUCAAAUUCUCCGAAUAGCCAACACCACGACAAGGCUUUCUCUGGUACCUAAACCAACCGGAUGGCUUGUUCGGUGGGUCCGGAACCCCAUUUCAUUUCUCUGGCUUGGCUUUGGUUCCUUCGCUCUUGCUUCGGCUUUCGCAUGGUUCCUGAGGACAGUAAUGAAAGUAGAUGUUAACUGGUCCAUAGUAUUGGCAAAGCGAUCUUGUCAUCGUCCUGAAUGGGUUCACCUCUCGAGCAGUUUGAUGGUUGGCUUCGCUCGAAUUGCAGGCUAUCUCUCAGGCCUAGCUUUGGCGCUGCUUUUGAAUCCUCCGUCUGAUAGCCUAUUGGCUACGUCUGCAAUUCGCUGGUGCGUGGUCUUCAUGGCCGGCGUCGCAGUACUGAGCACCAAGCUCUUCGAACGUGCUUGCCAACGUGCAUUUUUUUCUUUGCUUUUCCCGUUAUUUCCAUCCUCCAACACCGCAACUCCUGGAACUGUGUUGCUUAUCACGUCCGUGGCGCAAGGCAGCGUGGGACCUGUUCUUUCCGUGUGGAUACUUCCGAAACUGUUCUCUUUGUUUGGCAUUUAAACAUAUCUCGACCCAGUUAGCAUCCUUGAGUCGGAUGCGCGUUGCCACUCGUUAUGUUAUCGGUUUCACUGUAAUUUACUUCUUUGUAAUGCUGCUGGUUGUCAUUUUCUGUCGCACAAGGUGUUCUAUCAUCCCUCAAAGAGGUCGAAUACCCAUCAAUUUUAUGAAUUGGUAGAAGUCUUUCCAAAUGUAGUAUUCCGUGUUCCCAACUCAUCAGAAUAACAUUCACCUGUAUUUUAACCUUCAUCGCUUUAUUUCACCCUUAUUACACCUAGUUAACGAGGGAGACCGGAAAGCUUACCACACUUUCUUCACAUUAAAUAAUAAUGUAUUCUGGCAUGCCUUCUUAUUUUAUUAUGGGCUGCAGUUUAAAGUGGUAUUAAAUCUCAGCUCGCUUCACAAAUUCAUCUGUUACACAAUCUACCGAGUCAACUGCAGCUUGCCUUUAGCAACAUAUGCCAAUUUUUCGACAGACCCGUUCUGAUGUCCACCUCUGGUCUUAUUGUGCUGACCAGUCCGUGUUCGUUGACUAUCCAAUGAGUUGCUUGUAGUGCCUCUCG